AUGGCUUCUCAUCGCCCAUUAAUUUUCCCCCUUAUAAUAAUAUGUUUUCUUACUGUUACAUUUUUUUAUCUAGAAUACAAUAGUUUAGAAGAUAAUAGUAACGCUUUAACUUCAAAAGAACCCAUAUCAGGUGCAAAUAACGCUUCACAAUUAAAUUCAACAACUUUUAAAAAGGUUUCAAAACAAAUACCAAAAAAAUCAACAUCGAGACAUAAACAGUAUGGGCCAAUCCCAUUCCGAGAGAAGAUGGAAUGUGACGGUUAUCAUGAAAAAAAAGGAAUUUCUUUCCAACAAUUAUGGAAUUGGCCACCAGUUCGUGUCUUUAUCGGCAUAUGGACG